AUGACGAUGGUGGAAGGCUCCUCCAUACCCCCUUUGCUUAUCCGCAACCUCAUAUCCUCCAUUUUUAUCUUCGCGGACAAAUCCCUCUUGAACUUGUCCCAGAAAUCGAAGCUCCUCCAGCUCAUACGCUGCGUUUUGGUCACUUCCUUCCUCUUCUUCCUGCGCUUGCUCCCUCCUUUAAACCAUAGCGACGACGACGUUCCCUAUCGAAAGGGUCACAGUAAGAAGUCUUCGAACAUACAUGAAUAUGAGUUUCAAAUACCGUCAAGCGUUGCCGUCGCUAAUACUGGUGGUAGCGGCGGCAGCGCUGGCUCGGCUAUAGGCCGAGCGCUUUCGCAGCUCUUGUCGCUCAUGAACGACAUCCCCGUGAGCUCCCGCAAGUACCAAGUUGUUCGGUCUUUAGCGGAGACCCUCAUCGAGGAUAACCAUAAAGAGGGCGUAGAGGCUUUGCGUCAAGUCAACCGUACGGUUCUCUCCGCGGCCUUUUCCCGGACGCUUGGCCAGCUUGAAGCCGCCGCCGCUCUCGAGCAACAAGUACGCGGCGGCAGCGAUGGCAGUGAUUUGGUGGGGCCCGUUCGGCCGGCGGAGUACCGGUUGAGCCGGGUUCUACGGGCGGUUCGGUCGAUUGGGGACGUGGCGUGGCUGGGGGCAGCGAGGGCUAGUGGGUCGAGGAGCUCGGCGGAGAAGCUGGCGGCUGAGGUGCUUUGGCUGGCGGAGAAGUUGGCGGCGUGCGGAUAUGGGGAUGAAGCUGUGGUGAGAUGGGCUUCAGCUUCUAAUUUGGCUUGGCUCUCUGUUUCGGUUGAGCCAAGCUUACAAGCUUCCUUGGUCAAGGUUUCGGCAUUAUUGUUCAAGCAUGCCAAAGAUAUGGGAAUGGAUGCAGCUGAUGAUGAUGAAAGCAAAGAGCAACAAAAGCAAAGGAAGAUGCAGAUGCUAAUGUCGUGGCUUCCAUUGCUAUGCAGAGCCAGCAACGGUACCGAUGUCCCGGUUUUGAGCAUUCGGGAGAGGGCUGAGCUGGAGAGAGUGUUGGAAGAUAUCAUAGAGAUGCUGGAAAAGGAAGAAGAUCAAGAGAAAGUGUUAUCCUUGUGGCUCCACCACUUCACGUAUUGCUCCUCCUCUGAUUGGCCCAAUCUCCAUGCCUCCUAUGCCCGCUGGUGCAAUGCUUCCCGGAAGCUCUUGCUUCACCACCAUGAUAUAUAA